AAAAUCACAAAGCGGAAAGGAAGGCCAGGGCCCUCGCAGACGACAAGAGCCGCCGAUGUGAUCAACUACAGGAGACAAAAGUCUUCUCCCGUUGGUGAGGUGUCCCCUUCCUCUGGCUCAUUCACUGCCUGGCCUGUACUUUCCCCUGCGUAGCUCAACCUCACCCAGCCUUUUUUGGCCUCUGCACCAAACGUCAGCAUAGAGUUGCCUGGACUUCCAGCCUCUUCUACCAGUGAAGCUCUUAGCACAGUGCCAUGGCAGGGCGAGGAGGACCGGCGCGGACCAACGGCACAGCGGCAAGCAACAAGAUCUGCCAGUUCAAGCUAGUGCUGUUGGGAGAGUCAGCAGUGGGCAAAUCCAGCUUGGUGCUGCGCUUUGUAAAGGGCCAGUUCCAUGAGUACCAGGAAAGCACCAUUGGAGCUGCCUUCCUCACACAGACAGUAUGUUUGGAUGACACAACGGUCAAGUUUGAGAUCUGGGACACUGCGGGACAGGAACGAUAUCACAGCCUGGCCCCCAUGUACUACAGGGGAGCUCAGGCCGCAAUUGUGGUCUAUGACAUUACCAACACAGACACAUUCACACGUGCAAAGAAUUGGGUAAAGGAACUCCAGCGACAAGCAAGCCCUAACAUCGUCAUUGCAUUGGCAGGAAACAAAGCAGAUCUGGCCAACAAAAGGGCUGUGGACUUCCAGGAAGCACAAGCGUAUGCAGAUGAUAAUAGUUUGCUCUUCAUGGAAACCUCAGCCAAGACUGCGAUGAACGUCAAUGAGAUUUUUAUGGCCAUAGCCAAGAAGCUACCCAAGAACGAGCCCCAGGGGGGAGCAGGCGCUGCUGGACGGGCCAGAGGCGGCGUGGACCUGCAGGAAGCCGCACCACAGGGUAGAAGUGGCCAGUGCUGUGGGGGUGGGAAUUAACUAACAUACUGAUUCAACCGAUCCUACAGUAUCAAGAAACCGGACCAGAAAUCAACCAGCUAACAAACAUAUCCUGUUGGUCAAACCAAGCCAUGGUCGGACCAGGUCCCCUUCAGCAACAUAGCACCACUCAACUGUUUGGCAAAACCAGCCCAUCGGCCAGUAAAAUGCCGGAACACCACUAAUGGUUUCUACUAAUGAACCGAACAACAACAAAGGAACUGACCAGCAAGCUUACUCACAGAAUCAAGUUUUAAUCCCCAAGGACAUGGCAGCCCAUGACCUCUCAGUUGACGAUGGAAAUUUGAUGUCAUCCCAGGAAAACAAAAAUGUCCCACUGAUGGAAGAAGGAAAACAAACAAAAAAAAUCAGUACUCUGUACCCAUCGCACUUAAUAGAGCUGUCUGCUCAUAAUUGUUUCUCUUGAUAGAAAAAAAGAUCAAACACAACUGGGAGGAAUGUAAACAGGCUCCUGGCCCUCUCCUUUGUCUUCUCUUUUCCAUGCACCAUAAAUUAACUCCAGUAUCUUCAUCAUGGUCACCAUUCAAACUCAGUCCCUGUUUGGUUGGUGGCAGGUGCAUGUAGCAGUCCCUCACUUUUAAUUGUCCCCGAUCAGCUUCCUGGACACAAAGAAGAGAGAAGGUGUUUGGGGAAUGGAGAGUUAUUUCCUUCUAGCUAGCAGCUGUGUAGAUGAACAAUUAUGUUAUUGUUAUUACUAUUGUUAUUACUUCAACUUGUUUUGACGCAGGUUAUCCAGUAUGAUUUGAAAGCCUAGACCACCUAAGGUUUUGCAGUCAUUAAGGUAUGAUAUCCAACCAUAUACAGUAAAUAGUGCAUUAUUAAUAAUGUCACCAAUAAAUCAUUUUAGCAUUGAUGUAAUGUGUUUGAAUCAGUGUACAUUGACAAAUGCGAAGAUGUUUUCUUGACCAAAAUCACAACUGUAUUGAAAACAUGUUGCUGUAUUUGUAUUAUCCUUUCUCUGCAAGCUUAUAUCCAAUCAGUAGUUAUUGUCAAUACAAUAUCUUCCCAAUCUCUACAUCUCGUCAUCAAUUCUUUUGUGAUGGAAAUGUUUUUUAUUCUUUUUUUUUUCUUAAGAUCUAUGGUAUUAAAUGCACUGGCUCUGUCUCGUUAUUGUGAAUUCGGAUGUUAUUUUCGGCUUCCUUUAUCCUUCCUUAUUCCCUUGUUAAUUUUACUGUUCAUAUCAGGGAGGGAUUGCUUUUGACAGGUGUUGUCAUCCACUGUUAUGACAUCAACAAUUAGCACAACAGCGGCCACUGCUGGGAGGUAGGGGGUAUGGGGGAGGGUGGGGUCAUGGGUAGGGAAGAAAAAAU